AUGAGGGGACCUACAUACAUUUUAAAAAAGACCCAUCUCGAAAAUGAUGAAAAAAGAGAGUAUAAGAUGCACGUUUAGAAGCUGCAAAAUAUUUAGUCUUAAAAACUCAAGGGGGAAGUUAAGAGAAGUAUCUCAGUGGAUAAAAGACUUCUUGAAGAUAAAUAAAAAAAGGUUGUUUAAAAUAGAUUGUUUAAGGAAGAAGAAUAAAGAAGAGAGCAAAAAUUAGAAAAUAAAGCUCUUAUAGCUAAGCUAGAAUAGAUUUAGAAAGGAAAAUAUUCUAUAAUGAAAAAUAUAAAAGAUUAGACCUUUAGAGAAUCCGUUUAUUACUUAUCUUCAAACCAAAAUUUGAAAACGGGAAAUAAUUUUAAUCCAAGCAACUCAAAAACUAGGCUAAGAACGAUGACUGCAAAUACAGAGUCAAGUAGAAAUAUUGGUAGCUAAAACACAUAUUAUAAAAAUAGUGAAUUCAAUGAGGAUUAGAAUGAAAAAUAUCCUAAAACUGCUAAUUUUUUUGGAGGCAAUUUUAACAACUUUAACAAUAAUACUGAUAACACUCAUAAAAAUAGUAGCAGAUCCCAAAGUAAUUUAGGAGACCAUAAACAUGGAUAUAAUGCUGCAAGUAAUUAAAACUAAAUCCCUAAUUAGCAUUAGUUUAGUGGUGCUAAUUCAAAUUAUGGAGGAACGAUUUACAGUUAAUCUUCUAAUAACAACCCAAACUCUACUAAUGGUUUUAAUAAAAACAAAGAAAAUGACCCAUAAACUUUUAAUAAAUACCACCUUUAAAGAGCUCUAAAAACAGAGGGAAAUGCAGAAUAUCCAGAAAAUUAAAAUAUUUAUUCAAAAAAUGAUUAAAAUAAUUCAAACUUGCAUAGAGGUUAAAGUAAUCCAAAUUAUUAUAAAGAUUAAAACAAUCCAAAUUUGUAUAGAGAUUUAAAUCACCCAAAUGCUUUGAAAGAUUAAAAUAUUGAUGAAAGGGAUCAAAACAACCCUAAUUUGUAUAAAGAUGUAAAUAACCACAACUUAAGCAAAUAAUAAAGCAAUCCUCAUUAUUAAGGAGAUCCUAAUAAUCCUGAGCCUUUAAGGGAUUACAAUAAUCCUAAAUACUACAAUGAUUAAAGUGACCCUAAUUUUUUCAAAAAUAACCCUAACUUACUUAGGGGUAAUGACUAUUACAAUAUAAACGAUGAUUAAAUGAUAGGAGAUGAUGGGUACAGAAAUGGUAAUCUAGAUAAUCCUGAUAGAAUAAAAUAAUUAAGCAGAGAUGGGAAGAGAAGAAGAAUUAAUUCAUCAAUAAAUCUUGCUCAGCUAAAUAAACACGUUAGUGCAUCGAUAGAGAGAUAAAAGGAGCAAGAAAGAAUUGCCUUUGAAAAUAAUAAAAUAGUUCAAAGAAUGAUGAAAUUACCACCAGUUGUACCUACUAAAACUAAUCUUAAGAAAGAGUUUUCUAAAUAAAAGAAACUGAUGAAAUAAAUAUCUAAAUUUCACGAAUUUAAAGAAAGAAAAGUUCCAGCAUUUGGGAAAAGUAAAAAAAAAGAGGAAAUAAAUAUGUUAGGCUUACUUGAUGGAGUACCUUUAGAUGAAAAUAAUCAAGAGCUGAUGGAUCAGCGUAUACACCUUGUGAUUAAUGUAAAAGAAAUAGCCUUUGUAAACUUUCUACCUGUAUCAUCUGAGACAGAGAAGUAUUUUAUGGAAAUUUAGGCUAGUAUUCAUGAAAUCAGAAGAACAAAUCCAGAAAUAUAUUCAGAUUUCUCUAAAUCUGUUAUAAAUGAGUUCUUCUAUCUUAGAGAAAUAAAGUAAAACAGAAUCAUUUAUAUUGGUCUCUACAAAUGGACUCCCUUGGAUAACGGCGAGCAUUUUUUAGGAGACUUUGAGCUAGAUUUAACACCUUACUAUCUUCAAUCUGGAGUUCACCAAAUUCAUUAUGAUCUCAGAAACUUUAAGUAAAUGCAUAAACUUCCAAAUUAUAUGGUGAAGGAUAUGCGUAAAAAGGGGUGGAUAGACAUUGAAAUUAGUGUUAAAAGUAGUGUUAAGUAGUAUUUAAUGGAUUUAGAUAUAAUAAAAAAAGAUUAUGGAUCUUAAGAAGCCAGUAUAGCUUAUGAUAACUAAACAAAUCCAACAGAAAGGAAAAAAAAUAGUGAAGAAUCUUUGGUUUAGUUAAUAAAUUCAAAUUAAAAUGGUUAAACUGAAAAGUAGUAAAAACUUUAACAACUAAAAUAUUAGAUGAAUCCUAAACAAAAAGGAAUUUCAUCUUUUAAUAGCUAAAAUACUAGCUUUAAUCAAGGAAAUAAAGUGAAUGGAGUUCAAUAGAAGCAGAUCUCUAACUAAUCUUAUAAUAGCUUUAAUACAAUCAAUAAUACUCAAUAAAAUAAUUCAAAAGGCUCAAAAAGAGGCAGUAACUCCAAUUAGCAUAAAAGUAAAAUCAAUUUACAAGAAGAAUAUGACUAAGACAAUUUUGAAAAAGAGGAUUCAAAUUCUCAAAAUAACAAUAACUCCUAUUUAUAACAAUUUUCUGAUAAUGAAGAUGAAAAAAAUAAGAAAAGCCAUACAGGUAAAUAAAAUUUUGUAUUAAAAGAAGAAGAAAUAGAAGUUUGA